CCACUCUGACUUAACCUUCCCUUGUUCGUUCUCCUUUGUUCCUACAAAGGGUUAAGUCCAUUAACCUCAAAAGUUUCUCCCAUUUUGCACCGGACGGGAAAGCGGAGGAAUCCAUGGCGACCCAAAGUGGCGAACGGACGCCUGUUGAAAUCUACAGUCAGUUGGAUGGUGAAAAUAGCCAUGUUGCGAGGACUAAAUCUGAUACUAAACCGGCAUCCGGGGAGCUACCGACUAAGCUUCCCAGAAAGAUGAAAAAAUCCGCUACUGUAAAGUCCGCUUUUCGACAUUUUAAAGUAGAUGACAUCGUUGAAGCUCGACGGCCGGCCACCGUGAGGGAUAAAGCCAUGGAGGAAGACGAGGAAGAAGAUGAAGUGGAUGCCAAAGCGGAUGAUUUCAUUAACAAGUUCAAGCAGCAAUUGAAGUUACAAAAGCUUGAUUCCAUCAUUAGGUACAAAGAGAUGGUAAACAGAGGAAGUGGAAGAUGGAAGUAA